GGGGUUGGCGGAAGUGCCGCGUAAGCUUGUUGCCUUCCACCAGCCGGCUGCGAUAUGGACCGGGUCGGAAUGCAGCUGCCGCAGGGUCCGGGUUCGUUGUGCUUUGAUAAAGACGAGUUCAUGAAGGAUGGGUUCGAUGUUGAUAACUUUAUGUCAGAAUGCAGAAAACGUGUACAGCUGGAGGAUCUUCGGGAUGACUUGGAACUAUAUUAUAGACUUCUCAAGACAGCUAUGGUAGAGCUGAUCAACAAGGACUAUGCAGACUUUGUGAAUCUCUCCACCAACCUGGUUGGAAUGGAUAAAGCACUGAGCCAACUUUCAGUACCAUUGGGACAGCUGUGGGAAGAAGUCCUGAGUCUGAAGACAUCAGUAAGGGAUGUCAUCCGGGAUGUAGAUGAGCGUUUGGCUAAACGUGAAGAUAUAAGGAAAAAGAAGAUGUGUGUCUUAAGGAUGAUUCAAGUCAUUCGCUCAGUUGAAAAGAUUGAAAAAAUACUUAACUCCCAAAGCUGCAAAGAGGGUGGUUCCGAUCAAAGCAGCCCGUUGUUGACUGGACAGGUCCUGGAACGAAUUGCCACAGAAUUUAACCAGUUACAGUUCCAUGCAGUCCAAAGCAAGGGCAUGCCUCUGUUGGAUAAACUGAGACCCCGUAUUGCUGGCAUAACGGCCAUGUUACAGCAGUCUCUGGAAGGUCUGCUCUUAGAAGGUCUUCAGACUUCCAACGUGGAUAUAAUACGUCACUGUUUACGGACAUAUGCAACAAUUGACAAAACCAGAGAUGCAGAAGCAUUAGUGGGCCAGGUGCUGGUGAAACCUUAUAUUGAGGAGGUGAUAGUGGAACAGUAUGUACAGUCUCAUCCCAACGGGCUUCAGGCUAUGUAUAAUAAGCUCCUGGAGUUUGUUCCUUACCAUUGUAGGCUUCUUAGGGAAGUAACAGGAGGAGCCAUAUCCAGUGAUAAAGCAGACAUGGUUCCUGGGUAUGACUUUUUAUUGACCUCUGUUUGGCCCGAAAUUGCACGAGGUUUAGAGGAAAAAUUACCGUCUCUUUUCAGCCCAGGAAAUCCAGACAUAUUUCAUCAGAAAUACACCAUAAGCAUGGACUUUGUGAGAAAGUUUGAGAGACAGUGUGGAUCUCAAACUAGCGUUAAGCGAUUACGAGCUCAUCCGUCCUAUCACAGUUUUAACAACAAGUGGAAUUUGCCCGUGUAUUUCCAGAUAAGAUUUAAGGAAAUAGCAGGAUGUCUUGAAUCCGCUUUGUGUGCUGGCCUAGAAGAUGCACCAGCUGGCAGUCCUUACUGUCUUCGAGCUUCCCAUGUCCUCUGGACCUGCCUGACGUCCUGCUGGUCCGAUAAGGUCUUUUUACCUUUACUGGCACAUCGUUUUUGGAAACUAACGCUUCAAUUGCUGUCACGUUACUGCUUGUUUCUUAAAGAGUUGGCAUCUCGGACAACAAAUGAUGGUAAAACUCCACAGCCAAUGAGUAACUUGAUCCCCUCGCCUCUGACCACCAGUGACGACCAAGCAAGUGGGUCAGCGCCAGAGUCACAGCCUUCUGUCAUUUCCACACGUCAGCUCAUGCUUGUUGUUGCAGAUGUUGACAAAAUAAAGGAUCAGUUACCAGAGCUAACAGAAGUAAUUAGGCAAAAGCUUGAUCAGGUUGGUUUCAAGAACAUGUCCAUAGUAACAGGUGCCUUAGAGGAUACUCUUAAUGCAAUAUCCAUACCUCUGUUGGCAAUUAAUAAGACAAUUACAAAUGACCUUAGCGAGGCCUGCUUUGCUUAUUUAAAGAGCGCCCUGGAGGUCCCCAGGCUUUACAGAAGAACAAACAAGGAAUUACCGACCAAGGCUUCUCCUUAUGUGGACAAUGCCCUGAAGCACCUUUAUCAGCUUCAAAGUGAAUACAAAAAUCUGCUUAAGCAGUCAAUCAGAGAGGAUUGGCUGAAAGGUGCCUUGUCUGGCAGCAUUCAGAGGUAUUAUGACACUGUAUCAGAUGUUCUCAGCUCUGUAAAGAAGAUGGAAGAGAGUUUAAAGAGACUUAAACAAGCUCGAAAAACCACAACAUCGACUAACACAUCUAACGGAGGGACUACUGAUGAUAAUAAAAUCAGACUUCAGUUGGCGCUUGAUGUGGAAUAUAUGGGGAAUCAGAUUGCGAAUUUGGGCUUAGAGACAAAUGACAUAAAAAGCUUCCCAGCUCUUAUAGAGUUAGUUCAAGCGGCUAAAGAACAAGCAACAACAGAACAAGCCUGAUUUUAUCAAAUGCACUUUUUUCUGUUAUUUUCCUUUCCAUUUUAUCCAAUGUUUCACAAGGUUUUUGGAUUUCUAAUAUUAUACAAAUGAAAAAAACGGUAUAUGCGAACAACAGUGGUACUUUCAGGGGAAAUCAAUAUGUUAAAAUAAAGUGAUUUAAAUAUCUUGUACAUACAAUAAUAAAGAGAUUGAUGUCUGAGAUUUUCUACUUUACGUAGCCCAAGUGUAUAGAGGCCAAAUAAAAUUCCUUUAAAGCCUA